AUGGCUUACAAAUGUUGGAAGACAUGGCUAAUUCUAUACACCAUAUCAUUUCUUACAAUCAGUACCGCCGAUUUCACAACGGAAUGUCAAAGACCCUGUGACUGUAGGUGGCAGUCUGGUAAUAAAGCUGCUAUUUGUUCCAACUCGAGUUUAAGGGUUGUACCAGGUAAUUUAAGCAGCGAUAUACAGAUAUUAGAUCUAUCUAACAAUAACUUGUUACAACUACACCAAGAAGCCUUCAAAAGGGCAGGCCUGAGCAAUCUUAAGAAACUCUUUCUAAGAGAUUGUAAUAUUGAAACAAUUCACAAGGCAGCGUUUGUGACCCUCGCGAUUAUGAUAGAACUGGAUCUAUCAAAGAACAGAAUCCGAUAUCUUCACCCGGACACCUUCAAGGGCACAGAAAAACUAAGAUUAAUAAAUUUGAAUAACAAUUUCAUUGAUAAACUAGAAGAUGGCCUAUUUCGCAAUUUAAAGUUUCUCCAGAAAGUUGAAGUGAGCAACAAUAAGAUCUUCCGAAUUGGAACAAAAGCAUUUCUAAACUUGCCUCAACUCAAGAUAUUGAGAAUAGACGGAAACAAUUUGAGUCAUAUGAAACCCGAAACUUUAAUGGCGUUACGAAACUUGUCUGGACUUGAUUUGCACAACAACCCGUGGCGAUGCGAUUGCAACUUACAAUCGUUUAGAGAUUGGGUUAUCACUCACAACUUGUACACUCCACCGACGGUAUGUGCGGAACCCGCUUCGAUACGCGACAAACUUUGGUACGAAUUAGAUUCUUCAAACUUUGCCUGUCGGCCUACUAUAUUAGAACCCCUGCCAGACGCAACUAUCAAAAGUUAUGAGGAAAACGUGACGCUGAUUUGUAAAGUAGUUGGCAAUCCGCCUCCAGAAGUCGUGUGGAGGUUCAAUGGGAAAACGAUUGAGAUACGAUCUUUCGGCGAAAUACGUUAUAGUGUUAUGGAGAACACAAUGGAUCUUAUAAGAUGGGUUAAUUUAACCAUACUUCAUACGAGAUACAGUGAUAGAGGAAAUUACACAUGUGUUGCCGAAAAUCCAGGAGGAAGGGAUGAAAAGACUUUAACGCUUAUUCUAUCUAAAUAUGGCGCUGCAGGAACCAUAGCUGGAAUGGACGCAGAUUCUUUUGCAAUUCUUGUUGGGUGUUUAUUGUCUGUCGCCAUAAUCUUCGGAGCUGUGUUAACCGUCUGCUAUUUCACAACACAAAAUGGCGAAUUGAAAAGACUGAUUAAAACUGAUACCCGAUCAUCAAACGGUGAAGCUUUAAUAGAAGGCUCUGUAGCGUCCGAAGCUGAAAAAGUGUGUAAAAGCGAAGUUAAUCCCAUGGCCAAGCCAUCCAGUAAAUAUGAAUCUUCUAUGGCUAAUACUGCGACAGAAAUGCUCGAAAUAAAAAAGACUUUAAUUGACACGGACUCUAAAUUGGUUACAUCAGAGAGGCAUAAUCAUAAAGAGUCAGAAAUUCCUAAACAUACCAAAGAGUUACUAUUGGAGCGAUUACCUCAAGAUUCCCAGGCUUACCCACCAGAUCUUCUUUCAUUUCCUCCUCGCCCGAGUCAAAUAUCACCAGCAAGUGGAAUAUCUUUGGACAGGCCACACAUCUCAACGAAAAUGGAGAGUCCAAAAUCACCAAAUUACGGCAUGUCGCCCACGAAUACGGCAAUUUAUACUAGACUUCAUAAUUCGAGCUAUCAAGAACCUUUAGUAAGUAAAGGAUAUGUGACUUUGCCUAGAAGACCUCGAUCAGCUUAUCCCGAGGAUAAUCUCCGACCACAAAUCUUCUCUACCUUGAAUGGUGUCAUACCAUAUUACGAUAAUUUUAAUAUGAAGUUUUUCGGUAAUGGAGGUAAUUAUAACAGCCUCAAUAAAAGUGAAAUCGAUUUAGGUCCAGUGAAUAAAGUUGGUUUUCUAGAUGCGUCUGACGAUAUAGAACCGGCUCCAUCACCUGCCCCGGGAACUCCUCAUGCCAAUAUACCAAGAAACAGCUUGAGUUCUCCAAACAUUCAUAAUCAGCUAUUAAUGCUACAAGCUAUGUCAAAUGGAAGUCUAAGAAGUUCGUUAGAAAACAGACACUCUAAAGUAACCCUUACAGAUAGCGAGAGCCUUUUGAAGACUUCGAGUAGAGACUUGAGAAUAGGUUACAGUGUAAAUGUUGCGAGUACAUUGAGCAAAUCACGAAAUAUGAUGAAUCCUCCACCAAAAACAAGGAAGAGACAUUCCGGGGAAGUAAAAGAAACAUUUCUAAAUACUAUUGAAAAUGCUACACAAGUGUAA